CCUGUUCUCUGAAAGCGACUCGCAGCUUCAUCUACGGUUUGUUCAGAGGGCUUUUUUUUCGGCGCUCGUGAGAGUCCCUGUUUGGAGAACUGAAAGUCGGCAGAAAACUUUGAAAAAAGACUACCACGGUGGAGAAAUACAGCUGCGGGACUGAACUUCCACCAGCAGUCCGAGAGGAGCGGGGAGGAGGAGUCAACAGGUCCCAGAGCUAAGGAGCUGCAAUUGAUUCAGAGGGAGAUUUCCUUGGCCAAGGACAGGGAGAUUGCCGUUUUUGGGGCUGAGGCUUUGCAACCACAAAGAGGGGUCCUGUCUAAGGAGAACAACUCUGUUGGCAUCAUGUGAUCUGCACAUUCCCCUGGAGUUAUCUACAGUGGAGGAGUGAAUCUGCACGCCUGUGAAAGCAUCCCUACCUCUAGCACCCGCUAUCACCACUAUCGCUACUCCUGACUGCUGCCAUCAAAGUCACCUCGUCGUGACUCGACUUGCCUCCUGCUUCCCUUUCCCCCUUCAUCUUGAAGAUAAGGAAUGGCUACGCUACUUUCAUGCCCUUCCAACGCCUCUUGCAAAUAAAGCCUUUCAGCUUGCUUAACAAUACCAGAGAAAAGAGGGAUAAAAGACCCUGAAGUUCCCCUUUAUACCUCUUCCAUGUGUCUCGUUUUUAUCUUUUUGUCCUAAGUAACUCGACCCUCAGUACACACAAACAUUGAGCAAACCAGCAGGAUUUUUUGUCUUUGUGACAUCUGCAGCAGCUGUUUUCUGGUGAACUUUUACAACCUUGAAGAGACUUUUUUUUUUUUCUCUUUCCCAGCACUUCUUUGGAAUAUCUACUGAUCCAGCAUAACUAUGGGGGAUUAAAUCAUUACAGCAAUCCAUACGGACUCCUUUGGCUCUGCCGCAUCCUGUCAAGGUUUAUUUUUUAUUUUUUUAGAUUAUUUGUUUUUUAUUGGAGAGCUCCGUUUGUGACUGGUGGUGGACUGAGCCAUCAUGGCUGGAAAGGGCAACCCGGUUCCGGGCGGCCACCUUAACGGUUUCCCCAUGCCCACCUAUUCCUACUUCUUCCCUCACAUGUUGGGGAGCCUUUCGCCUCCGGCUCUGCCUGGACUGCCCAUCAGUGGAUACAGCACCCCGUCUCCAGCCACAAUAGAGACCCAGAGUACCAGCUCAGAAGAGAUAGUGCCAAGCCCUCCCUCACCUCCCCCGCCACCCCGUGUAUACAAACCCUGCUUUGUGUGCCAGGACAAGUCCUCAGGGUACCACUAUGGUGUCAGCGCCUGUGAAGGCUGCAAGGGUUUCUUUCGGAGAAGCAUCCAGAAGAACAUGGUGUACACUUGUCACCGGGAAAAGAACUGCAUCAUCAACAAAGUCACCCGCAAUCGUUGCCAGUACUGUCGGUUACAGAAGUGCCUGGAAGUCGGGAUGUCUAAAGAGUCGGUGAGGAACGACCGGAACAAGAAGAAGAAGGAUGAGAAGAAACAGGAGUGCACAGAAAGCUACGUGCUGAGUCCUGACACAGAACAGAUGAUCGACAGGGUUCGCAAAGCCCACCAGGAAACUUUCCCCUCUCUCUGCCAGCUGGGCAAAUACACUACGACUAACAGCUCAGAACGACGUGUUUCCUUGGACAUAGACCUGUGGGACAAGUUCAGUGAGCUCUCCACCAAGUGUAUCAUAAAGACGGUGGAGUUUGCUAAGCAGCUGCCCGGCUUUACAACGCUUACCAUCGCCGACCAGAUCACUCUGCUUAAAGCUGCCUGUCUGGACAUACUGAUACUGCGGAUCUGCACACGCUACACACCAGAGCAAGACACCAUGACAUUCUCAGAUGGACUUACGCUAAACCGAACUCAGAUGCACAAUGCUGGCUUUGGUCCCCUCACUGACCUGGUCUUUGCCUUUGCCAACCAGCUCCUUCCACUGGAGAUGGAUGACGCAGAGACAGGCCUGCUAAGUGCUAUUUGUUUGCUAUGUGGAGAUCGACAGGAUUUAGAGGAGGCGGACAAGGUGGACGUUCUGCAGGAGCCCCUUCUGGAGGCACUGAAGAUUUAUGUAAGAAAGAGGAGGCCCCACAAACCACAUAUGUUCCCCAAGAUGCUGAUGAAGAUAACUGACCUGAGAAGCAUCAGUGCUAAAGGAGCUGAGCGUGUCAUCACGCUAAAGAUGGAGAUCCCCGGCUCCAUGCCACCUCUCAUCCAGGAGAUGCUAGAAAACUCAGAGGGCCUAGAAAGUGGGGCCGCAGGCGGCCGGCCCAGUGGUGCCACCCCAGGCAGCUGCAGUCCCAGUCUGUCCCCCAGCUCUGCCCAAAGCAGCCCAGCCACACAAUCGCCGUAGUAACGGCCCACCUUUUUUGAUUUUCUAUCCUCUUUGUGUUGGUCUCUUGUCUCCUCCUCCAAUGUUCUGAAGGAAGGAGGGAGGGGGGGAGAGGCAAAGGAGGUGGGCCUCAACUCCAACUGCUGAACACUGAGACUGGCAGGGCCAACCUCCUCCUCUCCUGCAACACAAAUCCCCACCUGACCUGCUAGCCCUCACCGCGGAACACUGUCCAGACGUGAGGGGAGGUGAGGCCAGAGCAGGCUGGGGUAUAACGUGAUGCCUCUGAGACGCCACACCGUAAACACUGCUGAUGACUCCUCCUCCACCUCCCUCCACUCUCCUCUCCACUGCUGCUCCUCCCCUCUCCACUUCUCUCAGAGUGACUGAUGGAAAAGGAUCUGGACGUAGCAAGGACCCGUUUUUGAAUGGGAAAGAGUGUGAGGGCGGCGUGAUGGGACAAAUAAACGGACGAGGACGAUGAACACAGACUGACUUGACACCUGACACUUUUUUUGUUGUUGUUGUUUUUGUUGUACUCUGAGGCAGACUGCAACUUUUGGGACUUGUUAAAAGACCCCCCACUCCUUAAAGACUUUGGGUCUUUUCUCUUUUUCCAAUUUAAAAAAAACAGAUUUCGUACAAAAGAUAUAUAAAUAUAUAUAGAAAUAUUAAGGAACUAUUGUGAUUGGCAUGUCCAGAACAGAGUAGCAGGUUGAAAUGAGGACAUGUUUACUGAGCUGAGAUUAGAGAUUGUUGUACUCUUUCACCGUUUGAAUCUUUUCAUACCUAUCAAGAGUAAGAGAGACGUUAAAGUUUCACGUUUGUAUAUUAUUCUAAUUAACUAAAAGCAAAAGAUGUUGAAAUUUCAAAGUCUACACAUGCAAACACAAAUGUCCACAGAAAACAAUGAAUAUCACCUACUAUUCCAGGUUGGAUUUGUUUGCUUUUUUUUAUUCUUUUUUUUCUUUUACUUUUUUUCCAACAGAAUGAAAAAUUGAUUGUAUGAACUUUGUAUGAUAUGGUCACAGGUCCUUUCAAGAAAUCAAAUUAAUGAAGAUUCAUUAUUAAGGUGUAUUUUAAGUGGCCUUUGAGUUGGUGUAUAUAAGCUGUAUUCAUUUCUUUAAAACUAUGAAGAGUUUUUAGGCUUCACAUGAUUUUUUUAAAAUACCUUUUAUGUGUUUUGUUUAUAGAUUUGUGAAUCAAGAAAAUACAUUUUGAGCACAUUUUACUGAAGGAAGUUCUUUCAUGUUUUGUGUCCUACUAAAGCAGUGGACAGACCCUUCAUCAAUCACUGGCUGUUCAGAAUGUGGCUUUCACAAACAAUUCAAACCUCUGCCCCUUUCAUUUUUCAAAAUGUGUUUUAUGUGCAGUAGAUGAUACAGUAGCACUCGUGUCGGGGCAUAGCUUUUCUUUUGGCCAUGUAGCAGAAAGAGAAAAUGAAAAUGGUGAGUUAGAUGCUAUCUGUAGCCUGCCAGGCUCGGCUCAGCUCCUCCAGCUCAGCGUCACAGAGAGUGAUAAUGUGAGGAAUGGUGUAUAUACUCUGUAUCAAACACGUGUCAUUCUCGGUACUCUCUGAAUGGAUCAAUCUACAGUGGAUGGGAGAAGACUAGAUUGUACCGGCCCCUCAGCUCUGUCGGUGUUCAGACAAGUAUGUGAGGGUUCCAAAUAGUCCUCAUAAGUCUCCCCCUGGCAAGACGUGGUGGGAACAAAUAUGUGACUUUUUGCUGGAUCCAGAGAAACCCUGCACCCUGUGACUCACUUUACACCAAAACGCCUUCACCGUUAAUACACGUCAUCUGGACCACCAUUACUGUAAAACGCACCAAUGUCUCAGGAAGGAAUCAUUUUUGUGUGCUUGGCCUGUUAUUUGUAUGUGUUCUGUGAUGCAACCCCUAAGCCUCCAAUCACAAAUGCACAUGUGUACACACUUCUGCUACUGAGCCCCUGAAUUUUCUCCAGUCACCCAUUUUUGUUAAACCUGGCAGACCAGGACUCCUGCAGAGAGACUCGGACCCUGAGCGCUCAGCAUUGCAACAUAGUAUGCCAGUGUGGAGUCUCUCUGAUUCAUGUGUACUUUUUAUUUGUACGGUUAAAAGCUGCUUUCAUCCUUUAAGAUUUAACCUGUCCAGAACGUCGCACAACUUUUCCCUCCACAGCUAAUCUGGAAUAGCAAGAGACACACCAUCAGUAUGAGAAGUAUGAAAUAUGUUGCAAUUUUGUCAAGAUUAUUAAGGAAUUUUGAGAAAAAAACAAACAAAACAAAUAAAAAAGGUGGAAAAAAUAAAACCAACAUUUAAUAAUGAAA